AAUGACAAGAAGAGUAGUCCCCCAAAAGAGGUUAAGUAUGAACCCUUUUCAUUUGCUGAUGAUAUUGGCUCCAAUAAUUGUGGAUACUAUGACUUACAAGCAGUGCUAACUCACCAGGGAAGAUCUAGUUCUUCAGGUCAUUAUGUAUCAUGGGUGAAAAGGAAACAAGAUGAAUGGAUCAAGUUUGAUGAUGAUAAGGUCAGCAUUGUAACACCAGAAGAUAUCUUGCGGCUGUCUGGUGGUGGAGACUGGCACAUUGCUUAUGUUUUACUUUAUGGGCCUCGAAGAGUUGAAAUAAUGGAAGAAGAAAGUGAACAGUAAUCUUCAAUUUAGCUAUUUAUGCAGAGGUGUGAAAUAAAUGUUUUUUUGUUGUUAUUGUUGAUCAUUUUUAUAAUCUUGAGCUCUAAGGGGAACAAAGGAGAACAGAACCAGGCCACUUGUGCAUCAGCCUAAAGAAAAUUACGUUUGGGUGCUACCCUGUAUAAAGGUAGAUGGAAGACAUUCUUUAAAAGCUUAUUUCUUGCAUUAAUUCUUACAAAUUCCUAGCUGAAGUCCAUUUAUUCCCCUUGCCCUUCCAGCUCAAGAUUUAGCAAUGAUGUUUAUUGCACACCUACUUGUUGGUCUUGCAUGGUUAACAUCACCAUUCAGUAGCUGCCCGUCCUUUACCUUAUCUAACGAAUAUUUUUCUAGGAAGAUGGAAAAGGAAGUGUUGCUCUCAUCGUGUAACUCAGUGCUGCUGUCCACAUCCCAUCAACUGGGUACAAUCAAGUAUUUGUCCAGACUGACUGUUGCUGGCCUUUCAUGACUUUACAAUAAAUUGUGAUCAAUAAGAAUACAUUUGAUUAUCCACUUAUUAUUGUGUCUCUGAUAUACUAUACUUUGCAUUGGUUUUGUAGUAAUCAUAUGUCAACAAGCCCUGGUUGUUUAUUUUUAGAAAAUGAAGAUAUUUAAUAAUAAAAAAAGAAGGAAAAAGAGGGAUUAACAAAUUUUGACCUCCUGUCUUUAGUUUUAGAGGUUGGCUGACGAGUCCGAUUAAUCCAAUACUAUGCAAUUUCUGCAGAUUGCUGAUAAUCUUAAACUGUUAAGCAUCCAUUUAAAACACAGUGUUUCUUCUUAGCUUGAGUAAUGUUAUUUCAAAAGAAAUACAAAGUUGUAACAGUGAAUUCUGUGAUCAGUUUUAUUCCCUUACUCAUUAUUUCUGUUUUCUUUCCCAAUGUCUGUAUGUCCAUCUCUAAAUUUAGUAUUUGUGGUUUUUAAAAUUAAGGUAUAUAUUAUCAAGAGUAUUUGAGUAAGAUUGUUCUAAUCUAUUCUGAUUAGUCAGUUACCUUGAUUGAUUGCUAAGGAAAGGAUGAAGGAUUGGAUAUUACCCAAUUGAUAUGAUUUUGAGUUGGGUAUUGAUUAAUAAAGUUGGGGAAUAUCAUGACAUCUUAGACCAUAUGUUUUAAUGCUCUGUAAAGUAUGUUGCUACCUAAGAUUCCUAUAGAUUAAAAAAAUAUGUAACACUGGGGGAUAAGUCAGCAUGUCAGGGAUACUCCUGUAAAUAGUUUGCUCAUUUAAAUGCUAUUAGCAAUCGAGACUCCACACAGUGGGGGAAUGAAACAUGGAAUGAGGAUUAAUAACACCGCGGACUGGAAUGGCUUGUGUCAUGACCCCUGGGAUGCAGAGGUCUUAUUUGCUACAACAGUUGUAGAAGAAAUGAAUUUAUCACCUAAGUUUUCCUUGUCAACCAAGUGAAGAAGGUUUAGAAUAAAUAUGUAAAAAACUGUGUCAUUAUAAAAAGCUUGGUUAUAGUUUAUUUGCUCUAAAUAGGCAUCCCAAAGCAGAAAUUGAAUUUCUACUAGUGUCUUUAGCCUUGAAUAUAAGGCUAAAACAAUCCCCUCCCUUCUAAUUCCGGAAUGGGCCUUGAUUUGCUUAAUGUACACAGAGGACCUUGGAAGCUAGAGCUGUGCUUGAUCAUUGCUUCUCUAGCUAGUGGAGUGAGUCCAAGCAAGAGUGCCCUUACCAGUUACCUAAUCUUAGCACCUUAGCCAGUACUGCACAUGCUCUGCUAGCUACGGGGCAUUUUCACAUACAUUUCAUUUCAACUAACAAGAUUCCCUGGGUGUUUAAGGACUUGAGGGGUCAAGUGAUUUUUGUAAAGCUAACGGAGUAGUUCAUUUAAAGUUAGAGGCUGGCAAACAUUUUCUGUAUUGGCCAUGGGUUGUCAGUUUGUACUCUUGGUACUGUAGUGUGAGCAUGGCAGAGUGCCAACAAAACACUUCAACUGACUAUUGUUUGCCGAUCCUCUGCUUUAUACUUGAGAACAGCCCUAAGGUUUCAGAAACUAAUUUGGGAUAGGAAUGUAACAUAAUCAUAAAGAAUGCUUAUUUAACUUCAUUAUAAACAUACUUACAAAAUGUGGUCUGUGAUAGUCAUUUUACUUGGGCCAUUUUCCCACCUCACCUUCCUAUACUCCAAACUAAGGUUUAGACAGUGCCUGUUUUGUAGUUCUUGAAGCACUAACCAACUGUGCAACAGCUGUUAUAAAACUGUUUAUUGUUUACCAAAACCACUGGACCUCUUAUCAAAUGCCGCUUGGUAACAAAAUCUUAUCACAGUUUA